GACGACGCGCCCGAGGCAGUUGGAUUGGCAGUGGGAAAGGAUGCGGCUAGGCUGGAAGAGGAAGAGCGAUUAGCCCAAGAAGAAGGCCCGGGCGGAAAAGUCUGCCAAGGUGCAAGCAGUCCGAGAAGCUCAAAAGGCCGCAGAGAGGGAAGACGAGGCGAGCAAAGCUGCGGCAAAGGCUGCGAAAAAGGGCAAGGGGAAGAAGGCGGUCGCCAUGCAGCAGGAGGAGGAAAGCCAGGACGAGGAAGAUGCCGAUGUGGAUAUGGAUGGGUCGGACAUGGAAUCGUUUCAUUCUGACGAUGACCAGGAUGAGGAUCUGGACGCCGAUCUGGACGACGAGAGUGACGAGGACGAGGACGAGGAUGAGGAUUUGAGCAUGAUGAACGAGGAUCCAGAGACGAAACGUCUACACGCCCGAAUGCAAGCCGCCAUGGAAGCCGCCGAGACCAGAGCUUCCUCCAAACCCUCUUCCUCCACUUCCAAACCUUCCACGUCCAAAUCGUCGAAAAAGACCUCCACAUCGCAGGCACCCACACCGGCGGUCCUGGAUGACUCUAGCGAAUAUGACAUGGGACCGAUGAUGCUGCCCGCCUCGGUCUUGUCCGCUGCGGCGGCGAACGAGGCGAGAAAGAAAAAGUUGAUGGCCAGAAAGGCAGAGUUGGCGAGGGCGGAAGAGGCUAGGCGGGCUCGACGGAAGACCAAGCGGGCGCAGGUCGAACCGAAACAACGCAAGGUCAACGACAAGACAACCAUUCAUCUCUUACCUACAAGCCUGAGUGCAGGUGGAAUGCCCCCAAUCGUCCGAGCGAGGGCGCAGGUGAAUGCAAAGUCCGUCUCCGAAAAGUUCACCAAGGGAGCCAUGCAGAGGAGCGGUCUCCAGGCGGAUGGCAAGACCUCGGGCAAGCGAUCGGGUGUCUCGUCAAUGGCAUCUUCUCGUACAAAAGGACCUGCUGCCAAGUUUGAGCGUUAAGCGGGCUACAUAUAUCGUAAUCAUGGCGUCCAGAAUCACCGGUAUACCGGGCUAGGACACUGUAGCAUAAGGAUGGCUCGUUCUCGCAGCCCUUGUAAUCGUCACCCGCCGCUGCGUUUCUGGCGACCAUGUUCGUACACCUGUGAUCAAUCCUCCAUUAAGGCUUCACGCGCCACUGAGCCAGAGAUCAGCAGUCCUUGCAUGGACUCGUCGUUGGGCCCGUCCAUCAUCUCGGGAUAUAUGCGGGACCUAUAAUGCGAAAUGGCAAGAUGAGUAAAGACUUGGAGGUUGGCCCCUGAUAGAAUGCGCCGACGUACUCUAA